UGACGUCAAAAUGGAAUGAGGGAGUGAAUGUUCCGGGUCAGAAACUGGACUAAGAGGAAAUAAACUCCGGGAUAAGAGAAAACACGAAAUAAACAAACGCAAACAGACAUGUAAACGCUAACGAGAUAAAGAGACUGGACAUUUCUUAACCAUCCAAUAAAGAUGUGGCAAGAAAUGUGAAAACAAGGAAAAGAAAAUUCCCAGGAUCAAAGCGCGACGUUUUUAUUCCAUGUUUCUGCUCGCGACACGUCUGCGUUUGAAAUUGAUAAAUUGUAUCCGGCGCUUCAGUUGUCGCCACAACCAGUUUCCCACGCGUGUUUGUUCUCGCUUGGAUUGCCGUGGUAACUUUUCCAGCAGCAGGGAUUUAACAUCGUCCCGUGAUGUUUCACUGUAUCCCCCUGUGGCGGUGCAACCGUCACGUUGAGUCGGUCGAUAAGCGGCACUGCUCACUGCUCUACGUACCGGAAGAGAUCUAUCGUUACAGAGCGAGUCUGGAGGAGCUGUUGCUGGACGCUAACCAACUCCGGGAUCUGCCCAAGCCAUUUUUCAAUUUGACGAAACUGCGAAAGCUCAGCCUGAGUGACAAUGAGAUCCAACGGCUGCCAGGGGACAUAGCUAACUUUAAUCAACUUGUAGAGUUGGACGUCUCUCGAAACGAUAUUAUUGAACUUCCUGAAAGCAUUUCAUAUUGUAAAACCCUCCAGGUAGCAGAUUUUAGUGGAAAUCCUUUGACAAGAUUGCCAGAAAGUUUUUCCGAAUUGAGGAAUUUAACAUACCUUUCCAUCAAUGACAUUUCUUUGCAAGCACUCCCAGACAACAUUGGAAACCUCUGUAACUUGAUAUCACUGGAACUCAGAGAGAAUGCGCUGACUUAUUUACCAGAGUCUCUGUCUCAACUUCAGAAACUUGAAGAACUUGAUGUAGGAAACAAUGAACUGUAUACUUUGCCCGAGACAAUCGGUUAUCUUGUCAGCCUAAAGGACCUCUGGCUGGAUGGGAACCAGCUGUCUGAAAUACCACCGGAACUAGGUAGCAUGAGAAGCCUUACAUGUCUGGAUGUAUCGGAGAACAAAUUGGAGCACCUUCCAGAUGAGAUGGGAAACCUCCUUGCCCUUUCUGACCUCCUGAUGUCCCAGAACCUCAUUGACAUGCUCCCAGAGAGCAUAGGAAAAUUAAGGCGGCUUUCGAUAUUGAAAGCAGAUCAAAAUCGCUUAGUCCAGCUGCCUGAGAGCAUAGGUGACUGUGAAAGCCUCACUGAACUGGUGCUUACUGAAAACCAGCUUGUGAACCUGCCAAGAAGUAUCGGAAAGCUAAAGAAACUGUCCAACUUCAACUGUGAUAGAAAUCGACUGACAUCUUUACCAAAAGAGAUUGGUGGCUGCUGCAGUCUGAAUGUUUUCUGUGUACGAGAGAACCGUCUAACACGCAUCCCUCCUGAGCUCUCGAAGGCCACAGAGCUGCACGUUCUUGAUGUUUCUGGAAACAGGCUCCUUUAUCUGCCACUGACCCUGACUGCUCUUCGUCUCAAAGCCCUUUGGCUAUCAGAGAAUCAGUCUCAACCUUUGCUCACCUUUCAAACAGAUGUGGACCCUGAGUCUGGUGAAAAGGUGCUCACCUGUGUACUGUUACCUCAGCAACCUUGUGAAUCUGAAAGCAAAGAUAACCUGGCUCGCUGUGGUGCCGUGGAGAGUCUGCUGGAGAGUGGUGUGUUGGAUGACACGUGGGAUGAGAAAGCUGCAAACAGAAUGAGCACCAUUCGAUUUGUUGAGGAUGAUGGUGAUGAUGAUGAAGAUGAUGAGAGAACACUGUUGCGGCGGGCAACACCGCACCCCGGUGAGCUAAAGAACAUGAAGAAGGUGGCCGAAACCAUUCGUAAGGAUAUGAUUGCUGCCAAAGGCCUGGAUUCCAACAAAAACGAGGUCAAUAAUGCUGUGGACCAUAUGACAACAUCUGUGUGACUGCUUUAACUCUGAGAUGUCUCUUACCCAAUGUCUUUCCCUGCAAUGCCCACGUACAGAGCCAUUUCUCACUGCCCCUGUUUCCUCCCAGGGCUUGACCAACUUUUUGCUUUCCUGGACCCACCAGAGCCCUUUGUCCGGCCCUGCCGCUCUUUAACCAUCUUGCCCUGUGUCAGGGACAAGACCCCAACCAGGUGCCUUCUUUUAUAAAGAUCUGCACAGCAAAAAUGUACAAUGGAAUAUGCACACAUUUCACAUCUCCAAUAAUUCAGUGCUUUCCAUUGGUUUUUAUUCUUUUACACACAGAGUAGGUAGUUGCACUACAAGUCUUAGACUCUUUAUAUAAUAAAUCGAUAUAUAUUUUGAUCUGUUUUUUAUUUUUUUAACACUGGGUCCAUCUCUUUUUUAAUUGGUGACGUAUGGAGCCCAGGCACUUUUGGGCCUACUGAUUUUAAAAAUUAUUGUAUAGUUGCUUGUGAAUAUUGAUACUUUUAUACUUACGGCAGCUCAGGUGGUGUAAAUUUUUAAGAAAAUGAUGUGUAGCCAGUUUCUUAAUCAAUGAACUUUUUUUAUUUCCAUCGCUAGUUAAACAGCAUUUGAACAAAGACUUCAAAUCUUAAUACUUGUCUAUAUAUAAGGGUGCAGCUUUGAUUUUAUCAUGAGGUCUUUCUUUUUAACCAUCCUAGUUGUCUUGCGUAUGAACAUGUUUUGUACUUAAAAUAAGGGCUAAUGUGGCUCGGGACCGUGACCUUAAACACUCCAGCAUUGUUAUGAAAUUGGGCUACGGCUAUCCAACAGACUUGCACUGUGCUUUAUAACUUUAUAACAACCGAGUUUUUUGAUCAUCCAGUUUUAGCUGCAGUUUUAAGUGUGCUUCCAGCUUUUUAAAAACUGCUACAACAAAAAUCUUUUCAUUUACAAUAACACAAGUUGUUAUUAUGAGCUAUUGCUUUGGUUUAGGUGAGCAGAUUUUCCUUCAGGUGCCACUGUUUUACAUGCAUUGCUUAGACUUUAUCAAAAGUGUUUUGAUGUUUUAUGGUACAAUGCAGAUAUCAUUUGCAAUUGUAUGUUCAUAUUUGUAUUCCAUGACAGACUUGUUUUUUGAUGUUGAAAUUUUUCAGUCUUUUCUUUGUUGUCAGACAUGAAGCUGCACAGAAAACAAUUUUAGGCAGGCGAUUUUUCUGGGCCAGUAAAUUUAUGAUUUUAACCACUGAAAGAAUAAAAUGACUUUAUGAAA